AUGAACGGCGCUUCCGCAUCCACGAACCCGUCCGCCAGCAUGCGGCGCACGUCUGCCUCGUCGCCAGGAUCCCCGUCGCCAUCGCCCCAGCAGCCGGCGCCGGCUCGCAGGACCAAGGUGAGCUGCUUCCCUUGCCGGACGCGCAAGUCGAAGUGCGAUCAUGCACGGCCGUGCUCGUCGUGCGUGCUGCGCGGCACCGAGCAACAGUGCGCCGAUCCCAAUGGCGCGGCGCCUUCGAGUGCGCAGCCUGCGUCGUCGAGCUCAGGCACCUCGACGCCCCUCCAUCCGACUGCCAAGUCACGCCAGCUGCCAUCGUCGGCCUCGAUGCCUGGCCUCACCGACUAUGCCACAAGCCAGGCCUUCCACAACGCAAACACUCUCAACAGCUCACAUGCCAAGAGGAGACGCACCGAAGCACCGCCACCACCGCCGGAAACAGCAGCUCGACCUUCUCAGUCACGUAUGGAACCAGAUCAAGACAUCCAGCAAGAAGUCAAUCACAUGAAGCAGACCCUGGCUCGUCUGGAAGACAUGCUUGAGCGUCGGUCCCGCGAUCGGCCUAAGUCCGGCCGCACUUCGUCGGGCUCCGCCCCAUCCAGCCCGGCAGUGUGCGAUUACAAGCUUGACCUCGACGAAGACUGCCCAGGUGAGGUGGAUCCACCUUCGAAGGAGUACAGGCAGCGCUGGCACAGGCUGCGCUUCCUCUUGCCGCCGCUCGUCGAUACACACACCAUCAUGUACUAUCUCUUCGUCGAAGGCGAUUGGCUCAUGCCCUGGAUCGAGCCGCCUCGCUUCAUCGCGCGCUGGCGACACGCCUACGAGCGCCAGGCCAUCUCGGACAUCUUGGCCAUCCAGGUGCUCUGCAUCGUCGCCAACGCGGCGCUGCUGCUCUCGGACAAUCGCCAGCGCAUCAUGCAGUGUCCGAUCCCCGUCCGCACGCUCCAUGUACAGCUCAUGAAGGAGGCCGUCAGCAUGGCCGACGCCAUGCCCGCCCUGCGUGACGGACGCACGGAAGCAGAGAGCUGCGACCUCCUCGAAAUCAUGCUCAGCAUCAGCUUCUACUUUCGCUGCAUCGGCAAGGAGGCGCUCAUGGGCCGGUACUGCGAACGCGCCGUUUCGCACGCCGUGCGCAUCGGCUACGACAACGAGUUCCGCGCCUGCUGGCUCGGCCUCACACCACACCAGGUCGAGAGACGCCGGCUGCUCAUGAUGGAAGCCAUCCUCACCACAAAGUGGAUCGCCUUCCACUGCCGCAAGGAGCUCGCGCAUCUGCGCACUCGCUCCUUCAACCUCGGCAGGGCGCAUCUCGAAAACGUCGGCCAGCUGCCCCCGCUCUCGGCUUGGCCCGAGUCAGAUUCGCUCUCGCUGGCUAUCGGCGCCCACGCGCAAUCUUCCGCAUCCUUGCCGGGCGCUGUGACCGCCAACUCGCAUUACCUGCCCUGGCGCCCAAAGACGGAGGAGGAACGCGACGUGGUGCGCACCUACGUCUUUGUCACGUGGUCAUUCAGCCACGAGCUGACGGCACUCGUCGACCUCAUCAGCAGGACCGAGUCUCGUCUCUUGCAACCGGAAGCGCUCGCACGAUGCACCAAGGAAGACAUGCGCGACAUGGCGCGUCAGACGCGCCAGAUCCUGGCGCGCUUGAACGAGUGGUUCCACAGCUCGCUGCCCGAAGCGGGUCUCGGCUAUGACCAGAUUGUUAACGCGGAUGCCAACGGCGCUGAUUCGAUCCAAGCCAAGCGUCUGGCUACCAUGAUCAUGGUCAACCACGCCUACAUCUACAAGACGUCCAUCCUGUGUCGUGCGUGGUUGCUGCUGUCCGACCGACUGCAGAGUCUCAACGAUCUGCAUCGCGAAGACGAGCACGAGCAUCCCGCCACCAUGGACCAGCACUUCUUCGCCCAGUUUACGCAGCGCAGCAUCGACCACGUGCAGCACAUGCAUGCUGCGUGGCUGCCGCCCACCUUUCUGGCCGAGAUCGAGGCGGCGGUGCUGGAGAAUGCACGGCUGUGCAUCCGACUCAUCCCGGUCAUCCGCACACUGCAGUCGCAGCCGUGGUCGCACUUCUACAUCUCCUGGGUGAGCCAGUCGAGCAUGCAGGUGGCCGUCAACCUCGCCGUGCCCCUCGUGCGCUCGCAUCACCGCCAGAAUCUGUCGCUGCACUCGCAGCGCACCAAGCCAGGCGCGGGCGUCAUGGCGUCGCGCACCGACGAGCUUCGACAGGACAUUGUGACGAUCUUUGAGGCGGUGAGUCAGCUUUCGGACAAGGUGAUGGCACGGCGCACGGCGAGGGUGCUCAAUGGGGCUAUGCGGUUUGGCGGGAUUGAGCAGCCGAUGAGCUGUGCGGAUGACGAUGACGAUGCCAAUGAUGUGUGGCAGUCGGAGGGGAAUUCGGGUCAGAUGCACAAGGCUGCCGAAGGACUGGCGCUGCUUUCGGCCGCUUCGGCGAGCGACGCGUGCGGGAGGACGCCGUCGGACCGACACACGAGCAGCAGUCAAGGCUCGCCGGCCUUGGCGACGCGUGCGUGGGAGUCGAGCGGCCGUGACACGAUGCAAGCACGAAGGGAGGGUCAAGCCAGAGGAGCGACCCACUCGCAUUCGACUCCGACGUAUUGGCACAGCGUACCCGCUUCGGAAGCUUCCAUGCCGGCCACCUCGGCGGGGUUGGGCAUGGAGGGUGGAGUGGCGAGAGAGCCCAUGUGGUGGGAAAUGCGCUUUCCUAUCGAUACAAAACAGCCCGCUGACGGCAGCACAACCGCUACUACCGGCAGCAGCUUUGGCAACACCGUGGAGGCGGCCGGCGGCGGCCAGACCAUCAUGUCCGACUCGCAGCUGCUGGACGAGCUGCUCAACCUCGACGCCUCGUUUUGGCAGUUUGUCGUCGACGGCACAGGCCUCACCGCCGCAUCUUAG